AUGGGUUCUGGUUCGCCUACAAGCUCCAAGCCCUCAGCUAUUCCGUCCCACAUGCUGAACGGGAGCUCCCCGCUUCAACGUUCAACGGGCAGCCGGGAUGCUCGUGAGCGCGAGAGUCUCAAUUCAUCAAUUCGUACAUCUUUCGAACCACGAAUUCCAAUUGAAUUUGAAUCCCCUGAAGCCAAGGCCCAGGCUGAGGCCGAAUCCGAGGACGAAACUGAGACCGGAGCAGACCCCACACAGUCCACUUCCAGUGUGUCUGUGCCAAUUCGCAGUGUGGUGCCAGUGCGCCCUACAUUGAAUGAUCCUCCCCGCGAUCCCCGGGAUGAGGGUGGCCCAUUGACCCCUCCUACUACAGUCAGCCGCCCCGCCAGCCCCUACACAUUGAACCCACCUAUCGACUUUGAUGGUCUCAGCUGGCCUUGCCCCGGAACUAGAGAGCGGAAGGAAGCGACACCGGAGGAGACCGAACAACGACUUACAAAACUGUCCGGAGCUAUCCGAACAAUCCUUGAAUGCAUCGGCGAGGACCCAGAAAGAGAGGGACUUCGCGAGACCCCCGAGAGAUAUGCCAAGGCCAUGCUCUACUUCACCAAGGGCUACGAAGAGAAUGUGAGAGACCUGGUGAACGGCGCUGUCUUCCACGAGGACCACGAUGAGUUGGUCAUUGUCAAGGACAUUGAUGUCUUUUCGCUUUGCGAACACCACAUGGUACCCUUCACCGGAAAGAUGCACAUCGGAUACAUCCCCGACCGCCGCGUCCUUGGUUUGUCAAAAUUGGCUCGUCUCGCAGAGAUGUUCUCUCGCAGACUCCAGGUUCAGGAGCGUCUGACCAAGCAAGUUGCGUUGGCGAUUUCUGAGGUUCUCAAACCUCGCGGUGUCGGUGUCGUUAUGGAAUCUUCCCACCUGUGCAUGGUGAUGCGAGGUGUCCAAAAGGUUAGCAGCACCACGACUACCAGUUGCAUGUUGGGAUGUAUGCGAUCGAGCGCCAAGACUCGCGAAGAGUUCUUGACUCUACUGAACCGCAGAUAA